AGCCAAACUGCAUGGAAAUCAACAAUAAAGUUUAAAGCGGACCUAUUUCAAUACCAACAGAUGUUUCAAUAUGGUGAGGAAAUGUGCUCGCAUUCAGGACACAUGAUUCAACUAUUAACAUAAUAUUAUUGGACUAGAUCGGAGUGAUUGAUUUCUAAAUUUAGCUUCUUUUUCACACAAAAGGUGUACUAGUAUACCGCACAAAAUGAAAUCAAGUCAAUGGAUUAUUACCAAUGUGCGUGAUAGUUUAAUGCCGCAGUGUUUUAUAUAGUCAUAUAAUUAAUUUAUAAUUAUCGUCGAGUUCAUGUUAUGUACAGUUCACCAGCCGGAACAUUGAUUUGAACUGGCUUCCCAUGUAUUCUAUAUAACGUCAACUCGCCAUCAAGGUGUGCAUUCUAGCUAAUUGAAUUCAUUCAUACCUGACAAAUGAAAAUGGAGUCUUAUAUGGAACUUACACAGUCGAAAGACAACCAAAACUGGUACAAAACGCUGAUUGGAUUACACAUCACUAAGGAAGGGCUGGUAGACUUUGUGAUCGAUGUCAUAAAAUGCUUCCAUCGGCGUACGUUCGAUGACAUCAAUAGAAUUAAUGGACGACCAAGCGGAACAGUUUGCAAAAUGUGUAGCAAAAAAGACUUAAAAUCGCCCCACUAUGUUUGCCCAAACAAUAUUUGCGUACAAUUCUACAAACAAUUAAAGCAGGCAGCACGAGGCAGGGAAAUUUCAUGGAGCAACACCGAUCCUACACAAUGGUGUACAGAUUUCUGGGAGGUGGCAAAAUGUUUCCUUCCUCCCGAGGGUUAUAGGGACGCGAACUGUCCACAGGAGACGGAUUUCAAUGGAAUCGUCAACCUGAUUGCAAAUUGCAGGCAGUUCGAGACUCAUUUUGCGGACGAUUUGACCAAGGCCUCAAAUAAAUGCAUCAAGGCACGCAAAAUUGCUAACAACACUCGCCACUCCUCCUCUCUACAAAUAGAUGACAUCACACUUCAAGAGAAUUUAGAUACCAUGAAAGAUUUGCUUUGGGAUUCCAAAAGGCUUGCUACAGAUCCGAAAGCCACAUCAGCUGUGACCAAGCUUACUCAGCUUGAAAACGAUCAACUCCUGAUGACCGAAGCUGAUAUAAGAACUGUUGUUCGUAUAACUACCGAGGGCCUGUCUGAUAAGAUCGAAGAGCUGAGGUCGCUUGAGAAAAGCUUGAUACACUACAUGGAAGAAGUUCAAAAGAACAUAAUGCAAUGUGGGAUCCCCGAACAUAUUUCAAACGUCUACGAAAAUAAGAAAAGCGGUCUCAGGAACGACUUGCACGAAUUCAAUUCGGAAAUGCACUGCACUUCAUCAAUAUCUCCAAUGAUUCAAGGAAAGCGGUCCAAAAUCGUCGACUUCUACGUGGCGCCAAGCAUCGAAACAAUCAGCACAAAUAGAAGAUACUCAUGCAAAGGAGAUCACAUAUCUGGGAAAGGCUCUGUGUCGACAUUUCGCGAAAUAUUUAAUUCCGCGGAAGGCAAGUCAAGAUAUGUGUACGUAAGUGCAAAGGCUGGAGCGGGGAAAACGGCUUUCUGUCAAUACGUUGCGGCUAUUUGGUGCGCUUUACAGAGAAAUGAUAAAGAGGAAAUACAAACCUUCAAGAAAAAUAACAAAACCGGGCAUUUUGAAGAUAUCUGUGUCCUGAAAGAGUACGACUUUUUGUUCUUCGUGUCAUUAAGAGAAAUUCGAGACCAGUUGUGCGACGUUGAUGAUAUGAUUUUCCAGCAGAUUGUAACAAAUCUCUCCGGUGGUCAUAUGUAUGAUCCAUCUUUAUUGAAAGAGAUUUUGCGAAAUGAAUCUUGUUUGAUAGUUAUUGACGGUCUAGAUGAAUGGAAACACCCUCUAUCGUGUAAAGUACAACCAAACAAUGUUCCACAUUUCAAAGUUCGGCCAAACUGUACAUGUUUAAUAACGUCAAGGCCGUGGAAACUUUCAGAGUGUCGAUUGAAAGAAUCUGAUCUGACUGUCUGCAUUGAAAUAAAUGGCAUAAAGGGUGUCCGCAACGACUUGUUGACGGAAUAUGUGACCAGCUGCUUGAAUUCGAAGUACGGAAAAACGAAAGAUGUUGCCGAAUUUAGGAAGGUAAUGGAAUCAUCUUUUCUUGAAACCCCACAUCAGGAUGAUUCCAUCCCUAUGGGAAGUUCAAUAGCAAACAUAUGUUCGAUACCAGUGAUGUUGAUGCAUAUUUUAUGCCUGUGGUAUGAUGAUGUCUCUUUCGGCAAGUCAAAGUGCGAAACAUACUGUAACAUGAUCAGUCUUCUCAUUGAAAUGGCCAACAUGGACACAUCGGUGGAAUACAAUGGCGAUUUUGAGCUGAUUGGCAGUGAGUCUUUGCCAAAUUGUAUACUAGAAAACAAAGUUUGUACAGAAAAUAGCACCAUUCUGGUUGGUUUAGGACGGUUGGCUUUCAAAACACUGUUUGCGGAGUCAAGAGAAGAUACGGUUACGUUUACGGAAGAUAUUGUCAGUGAAUGCUUCAUGAAUUCAGAAGUCAGUAUUGAAAGUUUGUUGAAAAUUGGAAUACUUUCGCGGUGCACAAUUACAUGCAAUGCAUCCUCUCAACCAGUUAGGUACAGCUUUUUACACAAGUCAUACCAGGAAAUGCUUUGUGCUUUGUUUGUUUCAUCCUUAGAUGUAACGUCUCCAGAAAAGCCAUCUGUUUUCAAGCGAAUGGAAGAUUGUCUUGUAGAUUUGGACAGAAUAUUCGACAUGUCCGAAAUAUUCGUCUUUAUAUGUGGAAUGAAUGCGGAACUAGCAAAAUUAUUUUCUGAAAAGAUUUCUGACAGUUGUAGUUACUGCCUCUCAAAAAACUUCAAUGAAUACCAGAACGGGCAAAUGAUCAAAGCUCUUCAGGAAAUGAUGUCAAGUGGUCUUGAGGAGAGCAAAAAUAACGGUUUUCUGCAGACAGAGAUAAUUUUCAAACACGUCUAUUUAGACGAUUCCACUGACAAUGUUCAUUUAGGGGCUAUUGUUGAUUUCAACAUCAACAGAAUAACAACUCUUUACACAAAACAUUAUGGAAAUACACAAAAAGUAAUCGAAAUUAUAAACAACAGUCACCAUUGUUUGAAGUACAUGUCACUUUCAAGUGUGACUUUUGAAUGCCAAGAGGAAAGAGUUUUUACAUACGACCAACUAUCAAUAUUGUCUUUAAGGGACAGCAUUAUAAAUGGUCCUCUUCAACUAUGUUGUCCUCAUGUAUCCACCUGUGAAAUCGAGCAUGUUGAAAUACAAGAGGAUGUAGACUUUUCAGCAUGCCACCAGCUAUCUGUAAUUCAGCUGAAGAAUGUAACGAUUGGCGGAAUGCUUAAGGCUUCUUCAUGUUUUCAUCUCUGGUCUUUGUGCUUAAAGGAUGUCUCUUUUUCAGGGUUGAUCGAUCUUUCAUUUUGCUCUCAACUAUCUAUUUUAAAAGUAGAAGAUGUUAUUCUGCCGGGAAACCUAGAUUUGUCCUCCUGUCCACAAAUUAUUCGAAUUAAAUUGAAAAACGUCACAUUAAAGGGAAGCAUAGACAUUUCAUCUUGUCCAAAGUUAUCUGCAUUGAAGGUGAAAAACGUUAACUUUGAUGGCACAUUGCGUCUUCCAGCAAGGUCACAACUGAACUGUCUAAAAUUGGAGAAUAUUACAAUGAACAGUGAUUUGAAUCUGUUCUCGUGUGUAGAACUGUCAUCAUUGAAGAUACAAAACGUGUCACUGGAUGGUAAACUCGAUCUUCGUUCAUGUCCACAGUUAACGUCUUUGAAAUUGGAAAUGAUCAGCUUGGAAGGGACACUGGAUCUCUCCGCAUGCCCGCUACUCAAUGCUCUGAAACUGAAGAAUUUCACAAUAGAAGAAUGUCUAGAAAUAAAUAGUCUGCCAGCGUUGACGUCACUUGUUUUGCAAAAUGUCAACGUUUCUGGAUAUCUCGACUUGUCUUGUGAACGUCUGAGGCACUUAAAACUUAACAAUGUUCAUUUGGACGGUGAAUUGAAAUUGUCAAGUUGUUGCCAGUUGGAAGAAGUGGAAAUUUGGGGAGCAAAAAUUAUUGGUGAGAUUGAUUUUACCGCAUGCAGUGAUAUAACGACGCUGAAGAUAUUGUGUUCCAAAGGUGGGGAAUGCGGAUUGGAAAACAUUCGACUAAACAUAGAUUUUUCACGAAAUGCCCGUUUGGAUAGUCUUUUUCUAGAUACUGUUGAGUUAAAAGGGCCAUUAGAGUUUGUCAUGUGUCAUGACUUGUCCAGGCUUGAAAUGAGUAAUGUUACAUUUUCCGGAAAAAUUGACCUGUCCUGUUGCCACCGCUUAUCAUCAGUAGCACUUACAAAUCUGAACAUAUCGAGUCCUAUAGCAUUUCCUAAAGACGGGCAACUUUUGAGGCUGAGGUGCGGAAGAAUGACAUUUGCUACAAAUGAAAUAAAAAUUAUAGGCAACAUUAAGAAAGUACACUUUCAUGGGGUUACCAUGCCAGAAUCAUUUUAUAACAGGUUGUUGUCAAAUAUACGCAGCUUUGAUGGUUGCUUUGCCUUCAGUUGUGCGGAAUGUGUCCUUUUGUGUGACAACGGUUCAACCAGAACACUACCUGCUAUCAGAGAAACAGGGGUAUAGUGCAAGUGGCUCCAAAACAUUGGCACUUCGACAAGCCUAUAUGAGAUAUUAUGAAACUGAUGCAAACUGAUAAGAUUUUAUAGACAAGCCGACUUUCUGAUUGUAUUAUGUUACCAGUGAUGUAAAACAAAACAUACGAUUUAGUUGUUUGAUAAAAGUCAUGUUUUAGCCAAAUACACGUGAUCGUUUGCAUAUUUACGUAAACAAACGUACAUGAUUUACUGACACUUCUGGUAACUCAAUUUAAUAUCAAAUUAAUUUUAGCUCGAUUGUGAAUAGAACUAUAUGCAUCACAAGUAUCAAUGAGAAUUCUGGUAAGGCUCGAAUCAAUGAACACUUGAUUGGGAGGCGGAAACCUAUUUUGUAUAACACUACACCACACCUUUAAAUCUUCGGACAAUCACGAUAUCUUUCCGAUGCAUAUGAUUGUGUACGUGAAUCGACUGAAUAAAAUCAGUGCAAUUGAGUCAGCGAAAGUUGUAAAUUGUUUUGUUUUUAAUAUUGCAUAUUGCAUUCGCAUGAUUCGACCGCCGUAUUUCAAAAGCGAGUUAAUUGUUGUCAGUAUGGGAAUAAAAUGCUGGCAAAAUGAGAGAUUUUCCCGUUAAUGUUCGGUCAUAAUAUUUAGUUUUAACAUUAGUGACACAGUUCAUGUUA